GGAAGCUGAUUCAGACAGACGGGGCUCUGAGGUUGGGGAGCGGACGAGACGCCGGCAGCAAUGAGCACCCAGUUCAACAAGGGCCCGUCCUACGGCUUGUCUGCAGAAGUUAGGAACAGGUUGGCACAGAAAUAUGAUCCUCAGAAGGAGGCAGAACUUCAAGUCUGGAUUGAAGAGGUCACUGGAAUGUCCAUUGGGCCAGAUUUCCAGAAGGGGUUAAAAGAUGGUGUCAUUUUAUGCGAACUUAUGAACAAGCUGAGGCCAAAGACCAUCCCAAAAAUUAAUGUCUCCAAGCAAAACUGGCAUCAGCUUGAAAAUCUUUCCAACUUCAUCAAAGCCAUGUCUGCUUAUGGAAUAAAAUCUGUGGAUCUGUUUGAGGCAAAUGACCUUUUUGAAAAUGGGAAUAUGACUCAAGUCCAGGUGUCUUUGCUGGCGCUGGCUGGGAUGGCCAAGACCAAAGGUCUCCACAGUGAUGUGGAUAUUGGAGUGAAAUACUCAGAGAGACAAGAGAGAAACUUUGAUGACAACGUAAAAAAAGCAGGACAGUGUGUUAUAGGACUGCAGAUGGGUACUAAUAAGUGUGCCAGCCAGUCUGGAAUGACUGCCUACGGAACAAGAAGGCAUCUGUAUGACCCAAAGCACAGUAUCUUGCCACCUAUGGACCAUUCCACAAUAAGCCUUCAAAUGGGCACUAACAAAGGAGCCAGUCAGGUGGGGAUGACCGCUCCUGGGACAAGAAGACACAUUUACGAUACAAAGACAGGCACUGAAAAGUGUGACAAUUCUUCCAUGUCCCUGCAGAUGGGAUCUAAUCAGGGAGCCAACCAAAGCGGCCAGAUAUUUGGCCUGGGCCGUCAGAUCUAUGAUCCCAAAUAUUGUCCAAAGGGCAAUCCUGACAGUCUGCCGAAUCAGUACGAGGACCAGGAUCACCAGGAGUAUGGCUACAAUCAGGAACAAGACUUGUAGUUCUAGUGUGUGGGCUGCUCAAUGCAAGAUGCCACAAAUCAGACCAAACUGCCUUGUCAGAACCUCCAAUUAUGUGGAUUAGAAAUGUACCUAGUGUUUUUUAUUUAGAAUUUGUUCAUUUUAAUUUUAUUUGUUAAACUGUAAUUGAGGAACAAGAUUUAAAGUGCCUGAAGGGGAUCUGUCAUUCAGCCAUUGUAUAGAGUGGUAUGUCUUAGCUUUACCAGUGCCUUAUAGCUCUCAGGGCACACAAUAUUACACAUACCCUUUCUUAUGGGUCCUCGCAAAAUCACCACAGUGUACCCCUUGUUUGGAAGUACUUUUGAUGUAUUAAACGGGUUGUGCCACUAAUAACACGUGUGCCCUAUUCACAGGAUGGGGCAUAAGUGUUUGAUCGCUGUGGGUCUAACUGCUGGGCCCCCCCGGGGAUUAUAAGAAUGUGGGUAUGGAAGCAUUACUGAAGUACCCCCCCGUGCGUCCUGAUCUUCGUUCACUUCUAUGGCACUGCUGAAUGCGCUGUACUAUGCAGUCCCAUAGAAGUGAAUGCUGUACAGGAGACACAGGUGCACUACCUCUCCAUUUUUAUGGGACAGUUCAGCAGAACUUCCAGACUCCCUUCUCGUGAUCACUGGGCGCCCCAGUGGUCCUAUGGAUAGAGCAUAUAUGUUCUUAGCGGCACAACCCCUUUUAAAGAAGUCACACAGCUGAAGUACAUGUAUUUUCUUUGGCAGAAGUCCAAGGCUGACCCUUCAAUUUCUGCCAUGAUGUUGCACUUUGCCCGGCCAUGGAUUUUGCCCAUUCAUUUGGGAUAAUUUGUGGGUGUGGCAAGAAUUGCCUUUUUUUUUUUUUUUUUUUUAUCCAAAUCUUAUGAACUAUUGGUCAGAUUUCCAUUUAAAUCCAUAGGAAAGUUAUGUGAGUUUUUUUUUUUUUUUUUUUUUUUUUUGUGUGUGUGUGUGUGCAGAAUAUCCUUGUUACAAUAAUGCCAUGUGAACAUAUGCCCUAAUAUAUUCAGGGAGGGAAGCUCUAAAUAAGACCUCAUGGACAUGACCGCUGUGUCCGCAUCCGAGCCGCAUUCGGACCCAUUCACUUCAAUAGGGCCGCUAAAGGUGCGGACAGAAUAUUCUUUGUAAUAUGAAGGUAAUUUUAAUAAUAAGAGGUUCAUGAUCCCGUUUAUAGGAAAUUCAGAUAUCCCUUUUAUUUCUGACCACAGAAACUCCAAGCCUCUGAAAAAGGUCCCUAUGGACCGAAACGUCCAGCUCAUAUAUGGAUAGUGGUUUGGCAGCAUUUAAUUUCCUAUAAACGGGAUCAUGAACCUCUUAUUAAAAUUACCUUCAAAUUACAAAUAAUAUUUUGUGUGUCGCAUAUUUAUACUAUUGUUGGAUGACCGUCGGAUCAUUGCUGGCUUCGGAAGAGUAAAACAGUAUGCGGUACUCCAUCCUCUAAUAUAGCACUCCGUGUGCUGUCCGCAUCUGUUGCUCCGUUCCGUGGCCCACAAAAAAAUAUAACAUGUUCUAUUCUUGUCUGUUUUUCGGACAAGAAUAAGCAUUUCUAUAAUGGGCCUUCCGUUCCGUUCCGCAAAUGAUGGCAUUUGUGUUUUGCAUGUAGCCUAAAGCUGAUUUCGGCAUUGCAGCACUCCAUACACCGCCACAAAUGGCACUUUCUGCUUUGAAAGGCUCCAUCCGUUUAUCUUUAUCAUUGGCUACUGCUGCAGGCCGGAUUCAGUUCCAGGGUGUAUGAUAGAAUUGCCUAAUAUAUCGGUAUACCUCCAAGUCAGAAGCGCACUUUCAUGCUCUAACUUCAGAAGCGUUUUGUCGGAAAGUAACCAACGCUUUUUGUUUUGUAUGUGAAUUGGUGAAGAAAGUUUGAAGUUUGCUAACUGCACAUGCUCUCAUCCUAUCCUGCAGGGCAGGACGCCUAUGUGGUUGGACUAUUUUACAAAUGCUCGGUAGACUGAAUUGGUGUAGAGAGCUGCCAUAUUGGGAACAUUUUGACUAGCUUUUUUUUAAAUGUAAUAAUGAUGCUGUCUUUUUUAUUAUUCUAGUGACCAAAGAACUUGUUAUACCUCCUUGUGUAUUAGGUGGGCAGCAUAGAGCUUCUUUAUACAUGUCCUGUGCCUUCACAGAGAAUAUGUAUAGUUCUAUAUGUGAUAUGUACUAUUCAGGCUUUAAUGGGUACCAAGGUGCCUUUGCUUUUUUUAUUUUUAUACAGGUAAUGGACUAUUUGACAUUUCGUCUUAGAAAUUGCAUUCCAUUUUGGUUAUUAUACUAUAAUGCUAGAAAUGAUCUUUUUAGAUGUCCGGCUUAGUUUGAAAUAUGUAAUUGGUAAUGUCAAGUGUUGGCUAAAAGAUGCCUCCAGCAACCAAUGUGAUUCUGUUCCAGUCUGCUAGCACACACAAUGCCUGUAUGGCUGUUACUAAAGCUCUUAGGAGGGUUGUCCAGGAUUUUUUUAAUUCCCCCCCCCCCCCUUCCCUCCACUCCCCAAUAGACUUGUGAAGAGAGCUAAAUUUGCCUGCUCCCUGUUGCUCCAUGGCUUCUCGGGUGUCCUUCGGGUCCCUGCAUGUAAACUUCCCGCACCUCUGCAAUGUGUCCCCAUCAGCCUCAGUGACGUCACCACCAAGGCUAAUCGCUGGUUACAGCGACGUCCAUGAUCCCCCUCCAUUUACGAAGCUUACAGGUGGGGACCACCAGUCCAGUGUAGACAAGCUUGAAAUCCACAGAGCCUGAUCGGGGUCUAGUGGAAUGGGUAAACAUAGCUCCUUUUACAGGUUCUAUUUGGGGGUGGGGGUAAAAAGAGAAAAUAAUUCUAGACAACCCCUUUAAGGCUGAACUUUCUUUCACACAGCCUGCUGUGUGUCAAAACUGCAGCAGUUUUCCAUGAAUUGUGCCAGUUUCUUGGCAAAUAGAGGUGAAACAUUCUAGAAAAACUGCGGCAAUUAGCCUAAGGCUGGGAUUCCACUUUCAGGUUUUUUUUUACGCAGUUUUUUUAAGCCAAAACCAGGACUGAAUUUCCAAAAGGAGACUCAUUCUUUCUCUUAUAAUAUGUGUCCACAGUCUAUGAUCCGUUCUUGGCUUUGGGCUCACAAACUGCAUAAAAAAACUUGACUGUGGAAACCUGGGCACAAUAUUCUGCUAAUCUGUAUUUAUUUAGUUAAGUACAGAGCUUCAUGUGGUUAAAUAGGGAUAUAAAAUAUUUGGGGGCAGUCACAUAGGGAUUUGUUUUGCUGUUUAGCGUACCUUUUAAAGAGGGUCUCCCAUCACUCCUGACAUAUUAGUCUUAGUAAUAUUCUGAGGCAUCUGUUCUUAUUAUUCUGUUCCUCUGUUAUUCUUGCCGGAAGCUUAUUAAUAAAGGGGUGGGGGUCUGAACAGUCUGACACUAUACAGUCAGUGCUGCCAUUGUCAGACUGUGCAUUAACGCCCAGUGGCAAUUCCUUCAUAAACUUCAAGUAGGAAUAAUAGAAAAAUUGCACAGCAAAGUAAUAUGAAAAGAUGAACCAGAAUUGUUGCUUGGGGAAUACCAGAAGUAACGGGCAUGUUGGGAGAGGUGACGGGUCCAGUUUAGGGCCGAUUUGGUGCAGAACUUUCUGCUGCUGUUAGUCAUCCUGCUCAGUUCCAUUUUUUUUUUUUUUAUUAAGUCUGUGUAUUAAAAAAUGUUAGCACCUUGGGUUAACCUACCUGAGAGACUAUAUGUGAAUGUCUUCAAAAUGUAUUUUUUAUGUAAUAAAACGUGUAACUGGA